CAAAAACAGCACACAACCAACAAGCGAACCACAGCAGACACAGCGACACCAGCAACCAAUCUCACCACCUCUCCUCUCGACUUGCUUCUUGACUUGGAGGAACGGUUUGUAUUCAUCGCCUUUGCUCUGCGCUGUGCUUGCGUGCAUAUCAGGUACGCCUCCGUAAGGAGAACCAAGCGCAAGAGCGCAAGAGGGACUCGGCCUCCUUCCAGCCAUGGCCGGCAAGUCGCCGCUGGACUUGCCGCAGCUCAGCAAUGAGGCGCAGCUGGAAAUCAUGCAGCUCGUCAAGAGCGGCAUGCCACUUGAUGAAGCGCUACAACGUGCUGCCAAGAUGGGCGAAGAAGAGGCCGCGCAGCGUGGCCGAGCGUCAACGACGACGGUGAAGGUGCGGCCCGCAUCACACGGAAAGGGCCGCCACCAUCUUCGCAGCAGCUCGUUUGGCGGCAAAAGCAGCCGAUCAAGCUCAAUAUCGAACGGCGGAAGCGCGGCAAAUCUGGACGCCAGCACCAGUACCACCGGCAGCACCAGCAGCGUGGGUCAGGAUGACUCGACAGGCAAGCGCAAGUCGCGUUACAAGGACGUCAACGAGGCCACCCUAAAGGCCGUGACAAAGAUGGUGCAAGAAGGCAACAUCACGGCCAAGGAUGCCAUGCGCCAUGCCGAGGCGCUGAACAGUGUUCGUGUUCGCAAGAAGGGCGAUGCACAACGCAUCCUACUCAUGAACAUGGUCAAGGAGGGAAACCUGAGCAUCGAAGAGGCCAUCCGCCAUGCAGAGGGCAUGGGGGUGGACGUUGCGCCGCGGCCAGAGACGACGACGUCUGCCUUUGAGCAGCACGCGGGCAAAAUCUACAACUUUGGCGUGUACAAGAUCAACCGGCUUAAAGGCGCACAGCGUCGCAUCCUGCAACUUGACUUUCAGACGAACGUCAUGUGCAACGUGCAGCGCGGCCACCGCAACAACCAGUUCAAGUUUGAGCAGAUUGAGCGCGUCGAGUCGGAGGACGGUGUGCACUUCAGCGUGCACUUUUCUGGUGACACGCGCGCCCCGUACGAAUAUGAGGCAGAUUCCCUCGAGGAGAAGAACAAGAUCUUUCGCCUUCUCUCCCUCAUUGUCAACAACAAUCGCAGCGCCCGCAACAAGGAGGCGGAGACGAGUGCCGGGGGCGCGGGCGCGAGCAUCAAGGAAGGUCUGGUGGAGAAGAAGGGCCACUCCAUGGCAUACUUCAACUGGGCCACGCGCCACCUCGUCGUCAGACAAGGGGAGCUCGCCUACUACAAGGAGGACGACCUGAACAACGCGCUGAACAUCAUCCCGCUGACGAGCACCACGGGCAUCGGCACCAAAGGCAGCGACGGGUUCACCGUCACCGUCAACAAGCGCACCACCGCAUUUCGCGUCAUGGCGCCCUCCAGCAACGUGUCUGCACGCGCCAUUGAGGCUGAGCGCGACGCGUGGGUGGAGGCAAUUGAGACAGCGAUUGCGAUGAAGAGCGGACGGACGGGCAUGCCGGCGCUGCUCGAGUCGCAGAUCAAGAAACUCACCACCAUCAUCGCCAAGAUGGUCAAGGAAAUGACAAGCCUCUCAAGCUUUGUUGGUCGUGGCGAAGGCUCAAAGAAGAUCACAUCGCUGCAGAACCUGACGGAGCAGCUCGUCGUUGAGCUGUCAGACCUGCCAGUCCUUGACAAACCGGGUGGUGCGCUGCAGGAGAAUGCGCUCUCCGGCAUAGGCAACUCCGCAUUCAUGGGUGGCAAGCCCGGCGGCGUGCUGUCAGCGUUCCUGCAGUCGACGUACGCUGCGGACGGUAUGGGCGCCCCCGCCACGCCGUUUGACGUCGUCAUCAAGCGCGACACGAAGGACACGCGCUGGGGGCUUGGGCUGGGCCCUGGCAACGAGAUCUCCGAGGUGACAAGCGGCUCUGUGGCAGAGCAGUGCGGCGUGGUGACGGGCACGUUCCUGCUUCGUGUCAACGACCAGCCCGUGCUGCCAGACCCCGCCAAGGGCCUCGCUGCCGAGCAGUGCAUGCAGCGCAUCGAGCAGGCCCUCAGCGGCCUCGAGGUCAAGCUCACCCUCCUGCCAAAGCCGGGCGCUGGCGGCGGUGGUAACGGCAAUGGUGGCGGUGGUGGUGGUCUUGGUCCCGGCCUAGGACCAGGUUUGGGGCCUGGCCUAGGGCCUGGCCUAGGGCCUGGCCUUGGUCCAGGCCUUGGUCCUGGAAAUGGACCGGGAAAUGGACCGGGAAUGGGGCCUGGCUCGCCGCCGCUGUCGCCGGGAGAAGCGAAGCAGAAGGAGAUUGAGGACCGCGCAGCAGCGGAGCACAAGCGACGACAGGAGGAAGAGAAGAAGAGACGGGAGAAGGAACGCGAGGAGGACAUUGCGAAAGCAAAGGAGGAGAUGGAAGAGCACGAGAAGACGGUGGCAAAGCUGAAGGAGGCCGUUGAGGUGUGCACGCAGCUGCAGCAGGAGCGCAGCGCUCUCUCCCAGGCGGAAGAGGAGCUGGCCAUAGCCGCCGCUGCACUCGAGCAGGCAGACACGCUCCCUACCGACGACGCCGCCAUCGAAGCAGCAAAGGCAGAGGUUGAGGCUGCCACGACCGCCCACGCGAGUGCGGAGGAAGCAUGCAAGAAGCUGGUGCACGCGAUCCAGGAGAAGGGCAGCGCUCUCGCCAAGAUGAAGGACGCUGCGGAGCAAGAGAAGCUGAGCAAAGAGCUCGAGGGCCUGCAGACAGAGCUGACGACGGCGCAGCUUGAGGCAGGAACAGCAUACGAUACGCUCAUCAAGGCCAAGGCGAAGCUGAGUGCAACGGAGGGUGGCGUGGACAAGGAUGCACUUGCAAGCAAGAUCGCAUCGCUGCUGCAGACAGUGGACGAGAAGAAGAAGAGCGUGGAGACGCUGCAGACGAAGUUGGGACGACUCAGCGGCCUCGACAAGUUUGAAAAGGAGGUUGAAGAGUCCCUUGAAGAGCUGAAGGAGGCACAGGCGGCGCUUGAGCAAGCGAAGAAGGACGCCGCCUCCCCAGAGAAGGCCGUGGCAGCAGCACAGAAGGAGCUCUCAGACCUCGAAGUAAAGCUCGCUGACGCAAAGAAGAACUUUGAGCAGAGUGGUGAGGAUGAGGACAAAGACGAGAUGGAGCAACUGGAGGAGGCCGUGUCGCGCGCAAAGGAGAAGGUUGAGCUCGCGUCAAAGCCAGAGUUUCUCCUCUCCGUCGCUGAGGCCGGCGUCGCCUCCGCAAAGAAGAAGGUGCAGCAAGCGCGGCGGGCAUUUGCUGGCGCGCAGGCGAUGUUUUCGUCCGAGGGCGGCCCUACAGAGGAGCGGUUGCGAGAGCAGCUGAAGGAGGCUGAAGAUGCGCUGGCCAAGGUCAGGGCCCGGCUGCAGGAGCUGGAGAAACCGAUUGCUGGUCCACCACCGCCGCCGCCGCCACCUGGCUCUGGCAUCCCACCACCACCUCCACCACCAGGGUCAGGCAUUCCACCGCCACCGCCGCCGCCGCCAGGAUCUGGGAUUCCUCCACCACCGCCCCCACCUGGCAUGGGCGGGCUGUCGCUUGGGCCGCCACCACGCACACCCAUUAAGCCGCGCGUGAAGAUGAGGCCCUUCCACUGGGUCAAAGUGCCCACCAACCUUAUCCCGCAGUCCUUCUGGAACAAGCUUAUUCCAAAAGGCGACUUGAAGGUGAAUGAGGACAAAAUCGAGGAACUGUUCGCUGCAGAUGAGACGAAGGCGCUGAAGAAGAAGAAGAAAGAGCAGCCAAAGACGCUCCUUGACGCAAAACGCGGCCAGAACCUCGGCAUCUUCAUGAGCGGCUUCAAGAUUCCCGUGUCCGAGCUGGACAAGCGACUCAGCUUCCUGCCGCCACACCCGCGGGCGCUGGAAGUGGAGUACAUCAUCAGCCUGCGCAAGCUCGCGCCCACGACUGAGGAGUUUGCAUGUUACAAGAAGUACCCGGGCGACAAGUCGCAGCUGAGCGACAUUGACCAGUUCCUGAUGCGCCUGAUGGAGAUUCCAAAUCUCAAGGCGCGCCUUGACCUCCUCCUCACUGUGCACGAAUUCCCGCUGCAGUUUGAAGAGCUUGCCCCUGAGAUUGAGGUCACACUCAACGCGUGCAAGGAACUCCACAAGUGCCCCAAGUUCGACGAGGUGAUGCACUAUGUGCUGUCGAUUGGCAACUACGUGAACGGCGGCACGAACAAGGGCGCCUGCCACGGGUUCCAACUCAAAUCUCUCGUCAAACUCGCAGACGCGCGCGGACGCGACAAGAAGACCACGCUCCUGGACUUCCUGGUCAUGACUCUCAGGGAGAAGAAGCCAGCUCUGCUUGACUUCCCGACGGAGCUUGAGAGUGCCGUGAAGGCGAUUGAGGCGUCCGUGAAGGGCCUGUCAGCAGAGGUGGAGGUGCUGGCACGUGACCUGCUGAAGAUUGAUCGCGGAGCAAAGAAGGUGAAGGAGGGCAUCAAGGGCACCAUGUCCCACGAGCAGAACGAAUUCUUCGAUCAUAUCACCAAAUUCGUCGCAGAGUUUGAGGAUAAGCUUGUGAAGCUGCACGCGGAUGUGAAGGAGACCGAAACGUCGUACAAAGAGGUCAUCACCAAGUAUGGUGAGCGCCCGACCACAGACUCCGAGGAGAUUUUUGGAUAUGUGUCGACGUUUGUCGCGCGCUUCAAGGACUCUGUUGAAAAGUCGAAGCCGAAGGACAAAUCACAGAAGGAAACGUAUGCCGAGCGAAAGAAGCGAGAGAAGGCCGAGGAGAAGAAGGAAAAGGCGGCAAUUGCCAACGAAGCCGCCUCCGCUGCAGAGAAGACAUCCAAGCAGUCUUCACAAGAGGCGCCCUUCAAUCCGUUUGCAAAGACGCCAUCUGCUUCGUCCCCCCAGAAGAAAGCUGAUGCGAGCAAGAAGACGACAAACCCGUUUGAAGCGCCAAAGAAGCCAGCGGGCGGCAGCAGCAAGAAGAAGUCGGCCUCACCGGCGCCAACAACGCAAGGCGAACACAAGGCGAAAGGCACAGACGCAGCAGGUGCGAGACGCACGCACUCCAAGACAGCGUCUACUGCAUCGUCGUCUUCAGCGCACACGCGCACAGACACGACGACGUCGCCCGCGUCACCCCAGCGCAACAUCACCAUCCCUGCCAAGGCGGAGGUGGUGCGGCCGGAGCCCGAUUUGCCGGACAGGGAAGGCGGCUACGGCGGCUUCCACCAGCCAAAGUCAUACGACGUCAACACAUUCAACCCCUUCAAGCAGCAGGCCGACGCUGCCCCCACGGGCACGUACAAUCCGUUUGCCAAGAAACCCCCGCGAAAGAGCUUCCAAGUCGUCGCAAACCCGCAAGCACAAAAGCAAAAGAAGCGACAAGACCGAAAGCCGCCAUCACGCGCAGGCUGGCUCGACAAGCUCACCGGCGGCAAAAAGAGGACGUCCAAGUGGGACAAGCGGUUUUGCGAGCUCGGUCCCUCGGGCUACAUCAACUACGCGAAGAAAGAGGGCGGGAAACACAUUGGCAGCAUCUAUCUUCGCGGCUGUACUGUCAGGCUAGACCCAGACGACCAAACUGUCCUCCUCAUCCAAUCAGAGGAGAAACUGCACACGUUCCGCGCCGCCAGCUCCCGCGACGCCGCGCUCUGGCUGGAUGACCUCGACUACUACACCGUCUAGUGCUCGCUGGCAGAAUUGCCCUGCUGCGUCUGUCUGUCUGUCUGUCUAUGUCUGUCUGUCUGUCUGUCUGUCUCCAACGUCAUUGCCAUACCCAACACACCCACAUGUCCAUUUUGUUCUUCAAGCACACACACACGCGCAUUCUGCUGCAAGUGGUCAUGUGUGUGUGCGUGUGUGAGUUUCAUCAGGCACGCCUCUUAGCUUCUCAGAUUGCGUGUGAUUUUUUGUUGGUUUGCCCCUGGUGUUUCCCAACUUUGCCUCGUAGUUGCUUGUCACAUGAACUUGUGUACUUGUGUGUGUGUGUGUGUGUGUGUGUG